UCUGUAAACCGCCCGCCCCCCCCGGGACACGAGGCCGCGCGCCCGCCCGCCCGGAAGAUGGCAACCACAAGGCGUAUUCUGCGCAGCAGAGUGUCUGUGAGCACCACAGAACAAGGGACCCAGCGGGAUGAUUUUCCUGAUGCACACCAGCUUCCAAGGAGACGGCUGCGUCAGAGGUUUGCGAAGAGUCCUCCUCGUGUAGAGAGUAAGGAGAUCCACAAACUUGAUGUCAGGAAAUCACCACGUCUUGCCAAGCUGCUGAAUCCAUACUCAAUGGUCAGCAUUGUUUCCGAUUGGCAGGAACACAGUGGAACUAAGACAGAGGUGCAGGUGGAUGAGAGCUGUGAGCCAGCAGUGGUUAAACAGAAUGACACACAAAGUCCAAAGAAGAAAGAGGAGACGGAGAUAAACAAAGUUACUGAAGAAAACCUGGAAAUGGUGAUGGAUGAGCUUCCAAGGAGACGGCUGCGUCAGAGGUUUGCAAAGAGUCCUCCUCGUGUAGAGAGUAAGGAGAUCCUGAAACCUGAUGUCAGGAAAUCACUACGUCUUGCCAAGCUGCUGAAUCCAUACUCGACAGACAGCGCUGAUUCCGAUUGGCAGGGACGCAGUGGCACUAAGCCAGAGGUGCAGGUGGAUGAGAGCUGUGAGCCAGCAGUGGUUAAACAGAAUGACACACAAAGUCCAAAGAAGAAAGAGGAGACGGAGAUAAACAAAGUUACUGAAGAAAACCUGGAAAUGGUGAUGGAUGAGGGUGACGUUUCACGGCAAUCACCGCGUGUCACUGACAGUGGCCCCGUGCCUGAGCGCGAGUCUUGGUCAGCAAACGCCACCUACAACAACGAGCUGGACAGUGAAAGUAACGCGGAUGCUGCCACAGGCACAGACUCCAAGACGAGCUUCUCCGAGAAGGAAAUCCAGACUGUGAUUUGGAAAAUCGUCAUCGGAGCUGAGGAGCAAUUGAAAGCCAAAGCCUCAGAAACAAAAUUGUUGCGAGAUGCCUCCCCCACGAAGACUGGGCCUGCCGAUUCCCCCAGGGUGACUGGGCCUGCAGCCUCCCCCAGGGUGCAUGGAUCUGCCGAUUCCCCCAGAGUGCAUGGAUCUGCCGACUCCCCCAGGGUGACUGGGCCUGCGGCCUCCCCCAGGGCGACUGGGACCACAGCCGCCAACAGGAAGUCCCUGGAUACUGUUGGCAAAAGUACAUCUCUAAUCAAAACUUGGAAUUUCAGGAGUAAAAAUCAUAAAUCGGACGAUGCACUAUCAAACGUUAACGAUGAAAAUGAGGCAGAACCUCUGGCUGCAAGUGUAGGAGACUUGGAGGGAAUGGAACUGAAAAUGCAGACAAUUGAGAAGGCUGAGGUAAAGGAGGACGAUAAGGUCAUCGAAGAAGCAAAUGAGCAGGCGACCGAAAUUCCAGAAGAGCUGAGCGGAGAAACAAAAGAGAAUCACGUGGGAAAACAUAAGGAGGUAACCAAAUCAGGUCACCACCUGAUUGUGAGUAACCUGGAUUCCUCAAGGAGCUUUGGUGAGCUGCAAAUUGCCAUCAUCAGCUUCUUCGUGCGGAAAAGAUUGUCGGUCACUUCAAUUGGGAUCAUGAAAUCCAGAAAACGUGGCCGUGUAACAUUUCUCACCAAAAACGAUUUAAACCAAGCGUUGCGGAAUAAUGGCGAGGAAUUGUUGGGCCACGCCUUGCGGUUGCAUCGACCGGAGAAGAUUCAGGGACCUUUGACAACUGCCCCUGGGAAGAAACAACUGCCAAUGGACUUGGACCAAGGCUCCGUGAUUCGGACAAAGAAGAAAAGAGUUCAUAGGUCGUUUUUAUUUAGCACGAGCAGGAGGUGUUCAGCAUGUCUCAUAAAGAAGAGAAUCUCACGAGUGGCUGCAACUAAGAAAAGCAGGAAGAUUUCGGCAUCUCCAAUCACGACGAAAACAAUGAUACAAGGAGAGAAAAGAGAAGAGGAAAGAUCCCCUGUCCCUCCGUCCUCAGCAGAAGAAAAGAAAACUGGACGAAGAAGUGCUUUUAGAUGAGAGAAAGGACAAAGCAGCUGGACUUGCGAAGAAAAAGAAG